UUCGCGUUGACUUCUUGAGAGUACAGUCCCAAGUAAACAAACAUCAACAUGUCUGGACGCGGUAAAGGCGGCAAAGUCAAGGGCAAGGCAAAGUCCCGCUCAAGCAGAGCAGGACUUCAGUUCCCGGUGGGUCGUAUCCAUCGAUUGCUUCGCAAAGGGAAUUAUGCAGAACGAGUCGGUGCUGGAGCUCCAGUGUACCUCGCCGCUGUGAUGGAGUACUUGGCUGCUGAAGUGUUGGAAUUGGCUGGUAAUGCUGCCCGUGACAACAAGAAGACUAGGAUUAUUCCUCGUCAUUUGCAGCUGGCCAUUCGUAAUGACGAAGAGUUGAACAAACUGUUGUCUGGAGUUACCAUUGCACAGGGUGGUGUCUUGCCUAACAUUCAGGCUGUUCUCCUACCCAAGAAGACCGAGAAGAAGGCUUAAAUUGCUUGCUUCAGCUUCUAAUACCACAAACGGCCCUUUUCAGGGCCACAAAAUUACUCGAUACGCAUUGUACAACGUCUU